AUGGAGCAGAGGACCUUCGACGCUCGACCCGUCCGAAAAAAUCCAACUCCUAAAAUGCUUGAUCUGUUAAAAGAUGAGGCACAGAAAAAGGAAAGAAAGCUUGUCUCAAUGUAUGAACGGUGGAAGAUUCAAGCCCGUGAAUCAAGGAAGCGGCUUAAGAUGGACCUCAGUGAAAGCGAGCUGUCAUUCUUGGUGGAGACUCUGGAGAAAGAGAGAGAUGCGAUAAUGAGCACCUACCUUCAAAUACGAGAUCACAUCACUGUGUCAACUGAAUUAAGACGUUGCGUCGAUGCAUGUGAUGCAGUAACAACAGAUAUCAGGAAGAUUGCCUACGAGAGACUUACAGGCAUCGAUGGAGAUUUCGAUGCAGAGCAAGCACAACGUCCUCUCAAAGACUUGCUUAAACGAAGCUGUGCGCAUUCAAUCUAUGGGUCCACUGUCUCAAGAAUGAGUUGUAGAUCAAGCACCAGUCAGUACAGUAAAUGUGUAGAUGCUGCGGCAGAUCUAGCAGCAAAGGAGGCUGAGUACGAUGCAUUGCUGAUGGAAAAGAAGCAAAGGGAGAAAAUACUUCAUUUAGAGGAGCAACAAAGGAGGCAGCUCGAAGCGGAAAGGUGCGAGCUAGAACGCCUACAGGCUGAGAAAGAUGUCAAGGCAGCUCAUGCUAGACUGCAAGUCUACAGUCUUGAAGCAGCGAAUGAAGUAAACUUUCCUCCCUCUAACAGUCCUGAAGUAAGACAUCAUGCUUCCUCCACUGUAAGCAGACAAGAGCCCAAUGUCUCCCCUGAAGCGAAUGUGUCCACCCUUGCACGGGCUUUGCAAGACAGCAUGUCUCUUAACAGACUUCCGGUUCCUGAGCCAUCAGUGUUUAAUGGCAAUCCUAUUCAGUUCCUUGAGUGGAAGGCCUCAUUUUGA